AUGGCAUCAUCACAGACAGGAACACAGACUGGAUUGCUGCGAGAGUUUGUCGAGGGAUGGACAUUGGCACAAACGCUCGGAGAAGGAGCCUAUGGAGAGGUAAAGUUGCUCAUAAAUCGACAAUCAGGUGAGGCUGUAGCGAUGAAGAUGGUUGACCUCAAGAAGCAUCCUGAUGCGGAGAGCUCGGUCAAGAAGGAAGUUUGUAUACAGAAAAUUCUUCAGCACCAAAACAUCCUUAAGUUUUUCGGUAAACGAACGCAGGGCGACAUUGAAUACAUAUUUCUCGAGUAUGCGGCCGGCGGUGAACUGUUCGAUCGUAUAGAACCCGACGUUGGGAUGCCUCUGCCGGAAGCGCAGCGGUACUUCAAUCAACUGCUAGCCGGUGUCGAUUAUCUGCACACACGGGGUGUAGCACACCGUGACCUGAAACCAGAAAAUUUGCUGUUGGACGAGCAUGACAACGUGAAAAUAUCGGACUUCGGGAUGGCCACCAUGUUUAGAAUGAAGGGCCGAGAACGGUUGCUGGAUAAAAAGUGUGGAACACUUCCAUACGUCGCACCGGAGGUGUUGGUAAAACCAUACCGUGCUACACCGGCCGAUCUGUGGUCAUGCGGGAUCAUCCUGGUUACAAUGCUUGCCGGAGAACUGCCCUGGGAUCAGCCAUCGUCUGGAUGUGCGGAGUAUCUCUGCUGGAAGGAGAACAAGUACACUACCUCAACGCCAUGGUGCAAGCUGGACACGCUCACCCUUUCGUUGUUGCGAAAGAUUCUGGUGGCAAAUCCAGCCCAAAGGUUAACACUGGACAAGCUGCAAGACCACAAAUGGUGUCAGACCCAGUUCCAUCUGCAAGGCAUUGCCGAUAUUGGAGUGAACAACGGUGGUUUAGGCGGUGGUGGUAUCGGCGCCGGCGGUUGUGAUGUGAUCGAUGGACGGCCAUCGCCUCGUGCGAAACGGCUCUGCUCGAAUCAGGACAUUUCGAGCCCGCUCGAUGAUUCCACCUCUCGCAUGUGUCAGUCGCAACCGGUACCGAUCAUCGUACAUACCGAGGUGAAUGGUGUCGAGGAAGCGAUCGAGGCCCGGAAUGGUUUCUGCUUCUCGCAGCCGACCAUGCUGGACGACCUAAUCCUGUGCACGCAGCUGAACCCAACGCAGAGCGUAGGCACACAGCAGCAGCAGCAAAAUCCCUUCCAGCGGUUGGUGCGGCGUAUGACGCGUUUCUUCGUAUCGACGCGGUGUGACGAGACGCUGAAGCGUCUGUCGUCCGCACUGGAAAAGCUCGGCUACAGCUGGAAGUCGAACGACGAAGGUGUCAUCACGAUAUCGACAAUCGAUCGGCGGAAGCUGCAGCUCAUCUUUAAAGCCAACAUCGUGGAGAUGGAUGGCAAAAUAUUGUGCGAUUUCCGGCUGUCGAAAGGCUGCGGGUUAGAGUUCAAACGACGGUUCAUCAAGAUAAAGCAAAGCUUGGCAGAUAUCGUGAUGAAGGGUCCGGUCACCUGGCCGAUUGCGAUCGCGACCAACUCUGUGCCUUAA